AUGGCAAAAGGAAGCAUCAAGCCUAGAAGUUCAAAGCAAAUUCGACACAGACCUGGUAAGAUUUUGAUUUAUAUUGUUGUAAAGAGCAGCUUCUAUUGUUGUUUGAUCCUCGUAUUUUAAAAUAAAUUUAAGCAAAUUUUUGUCAAACAAGAAUACGAGAUUAAAGCAACCCUUUGAUAAGAUGAUUUUCCAUUGAUUGAGUAAAUUUUACAAAGUAAAUGUAAAUCUUUUCAAAUUUUAUUGAUUUUGUGAUUUCAGUAGUAAAACCGUCCACGUCGAAGCCAGAGAUUCUGUCGAAAGAAGAACGAGAAGAGUUGAAACGAUUAGCUGAAUGUCUCCCCAUGGUAAUGCAACAAAAGAACGAUGAUCCAGCCUCUAUCGUAUUCAACGCUGCCAGUUACAUCGACCGGUUGGUAUCUACGAUCACUGCCAAAGUAAAAAGUGGAGCAUUACCGCCAGGUAAGAUAUUAUUUGAUUUAUUAUAGGUAUUUUAUAAGAACUUCUACUUACUAUUAAAAAAGCUGUCAUAUUUUACUGCGGUACUGAAUAUACUGUGUUUAAUUAGAAUUGCUACAGACAUUUCGACAAAAUUUCAAUUUUUUGUAAUUUUUGAGUUAAUACAUGUUAUGUUAAUAUAAAUAUCUUAUAUUUUCUUUUUAUCAACUUUAAUUUUUCAGAAGCACUACAAAACAUAGCCCCGCAAGUUACAGUAACCCGACGGCCGCAGAAGUCGCAGAAAGUGACGCGACGUCGCCGUUCCUAA